ACUAUAUAAGGCCGGCGAGCCGAACCGCUCGCCCUUUUUCCUCUUCUCCGCUUCCGACGGGCUGCAGUUUGUUUGGUGCUGGCCUGUCGCCGUCCGACGCCAUAUCGAUAUGAAGAUUUACAAGUGCAUCAUCUCGGGCGACGAGAUGUUCUCCGACAUCUACAAGAUCAAGGAAGGCGCCAGGGGUAUCGUAUACGAGGUGGAGGGGAAGGUUAUUUCCAGAACAGAAGGAUCAAUUGAUGACUCUUUAAUUGGUGGCAAUGCUUCCCAAGAAUGUCCUGUUGAUCAGACCGAAUCUAGUACAGUCAGCGGUGUUGACAUUAUUUUAAAUCACAAUCUUAAGGAAGUUGGCUUUCGUAAAGCUGACUACCGAACGUACAUAAAGGGAUACAUGAAACAUCUGAAAAACAGAGUACAGGAGCGUAAUCCAGAUGAAGUGAAGACUUUUACAGAAAACGCUCAGGCAGUUAUUUCAGAGAUUCUAUCUGAUUUUGGAAGCUAUCAGUUUUUUACAGGAGAGAGUAUGAACGGUGAAGGCAUGGUUGGAUUGUUAAACUAUCGUGAAGAUGGUAUUACUCCAUACAUGGUUUUCUUCAAGGAUGGUUUGGAAAUUGAAAAAUGUUAACUCUGCUGCCUACAGUUCAUCAUGUUGAAUUCAUCGAUCAUAAUGGCCUGCUGCUCACCACUUUACCUGCAAUAAAGUUGGACUGGUAUCACUGAGCUGAUUCAUGAUCAGAAGUGGAAGCAUUGUUUUAACAUUUAAGUUGUAAUAAAGUGCAUUAAUCACCCAAA